AGGCAGGUAUAUAGCAAGCAACUGACUCCCCCAACUCACCGUGUUUGAGACAGAACAAGAUGAAGCUAAUAAUUCUGUGUGCCGUACUGGUAACUGUCCUGCUGCACGAGGCGGAGUCAGCAAAAAAACCACUUGAGUGCCACAGCUGCAGUCUGCCCAAUGACUGCCUAAAACAGAAGACUGAUGUAUGUGGACCAGGCCAGGAUACAUGUCAACGAUCCCAUACCGUUAAAUAUGACAAAGACGCCCCCAAGGAAAUACUUGUUUGGGAGCGUUUAUGUACAACUGCAAGUGAAUGCGAGAAAGCUAAAAGGAGAAAUAGAAGACUAAUAGUGACCUGCUGCAAGGAACCCAAGUGCAACCUCUAAAUAGAAAGCUCCUGGGCCGAGUGUAGUGAGCUGAACAGAAAGAAGAAUGUGAAUUAAUAAAAAACAAACUGUCAAUCAA